AUGGACGUCGGUGGGGUCGGUGGCGGAUUACCCCUCAAUAACAAACAGAGAGCCAUGUUGCCCAACAAGAGCAGGGGAGAAUUCGUCCGUAAUCAAAGAAAAGACUCAGAGGGUUUGUCUGAAUCUCCAGACCUCGAGUUUGAGUACGCCGAUACAGACAAGUGGGCUGCUGAGCUGUCAGAGCUAUACAGUUACACUGAAGGACCAGAGUUUGUUCUCAACAGACAGUGCUUUGAGGAGGACUUCAGAACGCAUGUGCCUGAAAAGAAAUGGACAGAGCUUGAUGCAGCUCAGCACAGAGCACACGCCAUGCGCCUGUUAGACGGCCUAGAAGUGAUUGCACGGGACAAAAGGCUGAAGAUUGCUAGAGCCAUUCUCUACAUGGCUCAGGGAACAUUUGCUGAGUGCAGCUCUGAGGCGGAGGUGCAGCACUGGAUGAGGUACAACAUCUUCCUGUUGCUGGAUGUGGGGACCUUCUCUGCUCUUGUGGAGCUGCUAAACAUGGAAAUUGAUAACAGUGCUGCCUGUAGUAGUGCUGUCAGAAAGCCAGCCAUCUCCCUUGCAGACAGCACAGACCUCAGGGUGCUAUUGAAUAUAAUGUACCUCAUGGUAGAAACGAUUCAGCAGGAGGACCCAGCAGACAGCCCGGAGUGGAGGGCCACCAGGGAGACUUUUAAAACGGAGCUUGGGUCUCCGCUGUACAACAAUGAGCCCAUCUCUGUCAUGCUUUUUGGGAUGGUUACCAAGUUCUGUAGCGGUCAUGCUCCACACUUCCCCAUGAAGAAGGUGUUGUUACUGUUGUGGAAGAGCAUACUGUUCACACUUGGAGGAUUUGACCAGCUGCAGACUAUAAAGGUGCAUAAGCGUGAGGAGUUGGGUCUGCCCCCUCUCCCAGAGGACAGCAUUCGGGUCAUCAGGAGCAUGAGAGCCGCCUCUCCCCCUGCCUCUGCGUCUGAUCUCAUAGAACAGCAGCAGAAACGAGCACGCCGUGAACACAAAUCCCUGAUUAAACAGGACAACCUGGACGCCUUCAAUGAAAAGGACCCUUACAAGGCAGAUGACCCUCGCGAGGAUGAGGAUGACAAUGAUGACAACGAUAACUCCAUAGAGGCAGAGCCUUUCCCUCUCGAGAGGGAUGAGGUUAUGCCUCCACCUAUUCCACAUCCUCCAUCAGAGAGGGUGUCCUUCCCCAAAGGUCUACCUUGGGCUCCUAAAGUCAGGGAAAAGGACAUAGAAAAUUUCUUGGAAUCGAGCAGAAGUAAAUUCAUCGGAUACACACUUGGAAAUGAUACAAACACGGUUGUUGGUUUGCCCAGACCAAUUCACGAAAGCAUCAAGACACUGAAGCAGCACAAGUAUGUUUCCAUAGCAGAGAUUCAGAUUUCAAGGGAAGAGGAAUUUCAGAAAACGCCGCUAUCUGGGGGCGAAGAGGAAGUGGAGAUGUGUGCCACAGAGCUGCUCUAUCAGGGUAUUCUCCCCAGUUUGCCUCAAUAUAUGAUUGCCUUGCUGAAGAUCCUGCUUGCAGCAGCACCCACCUCAAAGGCCAAGACGGACUCCAUCAACAUUUUAGCAGACGUGCUGCCCGAGGAAAUGCCGACCACGGUGUUGCAGAGUAUGAAACUUGGUGUUGAUGUCAAUCGGCACAAAGAGAUCAUUGUGAAGGCCAUCUCUGCUGUUCUUCUGCUGCUCCUCAAACACUUUAAACUGAACCACAUCUACCAGUUUGAGCACAUGGCUCAACACCUGGUGUUUGCCAACUGCAUACCCCUCAUCCUGAAGUUUUUCAACCAGAACAUCAUGUCUUACAUCACAGCGAAAAACAGCAUUUCAGUGCUUGACUUCCCUUACUGCGUGGUGCAUGAGCUGCCUGAGCUGACUGCAGAGAGUCUGGAAGCAGGAGACAACAACCAAUUCUGCUGGCGGAAUCUGUUCUCUUGUAUUAACCUGCUGAGAAUCUUGAACAAGCUGACUAAGUGGAAGCAUUCAAGAACCAUGAUGCUGGUGGUGUUCAAGUCUGCUCCCAUCCUAAAGAGGGCGCUGAAGGUCAAGCAGGCCAUGAUGCAGCUUUAUGUCCUCAAAUUACUCAAAGUGCAAACCAAAUACCUGGGCCGUCAGUGGAGGAAGAGCAACAUGAAGACCAUGUCUGCCAUCUACCAGAAGGUCCGCCAUCGCCUAAAUGAUGACUGGGCCUACGGUAACGAUCUGGAUGCCCGGCCCUGGGACUUCCAGGCGGAGGAGUGUGCACUGCGUGCCAACAUAGAACGUUUCAACAGUCGCCGUUACGACAAGAACCAGAGCAAUCCAGACUUCCUGCCUGUGGACAACUGUCUUCAAAGUGUUCUGGGACAGCGGGUCGACCUGCCAGAGGACUUCCAAAUGAACUAUGACCUUUGGCUGGAGCGUGAGGUUUUCUCCAAACCUAUAUCGUGGGAGGAACUUCUUCAAUGAGGGACAGUACAUGUCAACAUCCUUAUUCUUCUGUAAGGAUCCCCCCCCAUCAUAUGAACACUAACAGGGAUUUAAAUGAACCCUGAUUUUUUUUUUUUUUUUGUUUUUUGAGUUGGUUGAAAAUGGUUCAAAGCAUUGUGUCACAUCAUCUACACAGAAUGAAGCUCGGCUAAAAUUCGAGGUCCAAAGGCACCCAAGUGUUGAAUAGCAGGACCAUUGCAAUUCUGCAGUUUUACAGAGGCACAAACCAAAACCUUGAUCUCAUCAAUCAUUGCCUUUUAUUGAAUUAAUUUAAUAUUAGGAUAUUUAAGAUAUUUAUCAAAAUAUUAAUUCCAGCCCAUAUAUUUCUUAAAAUGUACUCUUGUGUAUUUUAGGUAAGGUUUCCUGAGAAUUUCAGCGCAAGUAUCAAUUCCUUUUUAUUUUUAUCUCUGUUUGUGCCAUUGUGUUUGGAGUUGAACUUGGAUCGUGUGCCAUGGAGCGCUGUACGUCUGCAGGUUUUCACUCCAACCCGACACGACACCGGCAGAUUUCACAGAUCAGCCUUUCUGUCUGGUUAAAGGUGUAUUAACCAGUGACGUCAGCUGGCAGAGUUGGGUUGGGAUGAAAACCUGCAUGUGAUUGAGUACCUCUGGUUUGGAACCGCUGCCCCUUUAGCACAACAUGACAGUACAGCAUUUCCCAACCCAGUCAUCUAGUGUGGCCUGUCCUGCAGAGUAUCACUGUGACAGUACAUCCACUCUAAACAUCAAGUAUAUUAGUACAUGCAAAGAAAGCAGUCCAUUUUAACUGUGUAUGAACUGUAAAGAAUUUGACAUGAGUGCGACUCCUGUGUGUGUGUGUUUAUGCUAACACCAUUGCCCUUUAUUUACGGUACACAUCGGAGUAGAUCAGUGGUGUUCAGCAGUGCCGAAGAGGACUGUGUAUCUCAUCUCAUCUUCAGCCGCUUUUCUGGGGUCGGGUCACGGUGGCAGCAAGCUAAGUAGGGCACUCCAGGCGUCCCUCUCCCCAGCAACGCCCUCCAGCUCCUCCUGGGGGAUCCCAAGGCGUUCCCAGGCCAGAUUGGACAUGUAGUCCCUCCAGCGAGUUCUGGGUCUACCCCGGGGUCUCCUCCCAGUUGACCGUGCCCAGUAAACCUCCAAAGGAAAGCGCCCAGGUGGCAUCCUAAUCAGAUGCCCGAACCAUCUCAACUGGCUCCUUUCGAUGCGAAGGAGCAGUGGUUCUCCUCCAAGCUCCCUCCGGAUGUCCGAGCUCCACACCCUAUCUCUAAGGCUGAGCCCAGACACCCUACGGAGGAAACUCAUUUCAGCCGCUUGUAUCCGCAAUCUCCCCCGUUUUGGUCACUACCUAAAGCUCAUGACCAUAGGUGAGGGUUAGAACGAAGAUUGACUGGUAAAUUGAGAGCAUUGCCUUCCAGCUCAGCUCCCUCUUCACCACAAUGGUCCGGUACAACGUCCGCAUUACUGCUGAUGCUGCACCAAUCCGCCUGUCAAUCUCCCGCUCCAUCCUACCCUCACUCGUGAACAAGAUCCCGAGACACUUGAACUCCUUCACUUGAGGCAAUAACUCAUCUCCAACCCGGAAGGAGCAAUCCACCAUUUUCCGGUAGAGAACCAUGGCCUCAGACGUGGAGGUGCUGACUCUCAUCCCAGCCAUUUCACACUCAGCUGCAAACCACCCCAGUGCACGCCGGAGGUCGCGUUCUGAUGAAGCCAACAAAACCACGUCAUCUGCGACGAGCAGAGAUGCAGUUCUGAGGUUCCCAAAACGGACACACUCCUCACCUUGGCUGUGCCUUGAGAUCCUGUCCAUGAAUAUCACAAACAGAAUCAGAGACAAGGGACAACCUUGGCGGAGUCCGACACCCACUGAAAACGCUCUCACGUUGGUUAUACAAGCACCGGAUGGCUUCUAGCAACUGCCCCGGUACCCCAUACUCCCACAGGACUCCCCACCGUGUACCCCAGUGCCCUGGGGUACACGGUCGUAAGCCUUCUCCAAAUCCACAAAACACAUGUAGACUGGUUGGUCAAACUCCCAUCCCCCCCUCAGCACUUCCGCAAGGGUAGAGAGUUCCUUCCUUUACCCUUGCGGAAGGACUGUGUAUGUGAAUUUUAUUUCUGACCCAACAUUACACCAGCUGGUUUUAACUGACGCAAGCACCUUCAGCCAGACAGAGGAGGACUAGCGACUGACAUCAGCCAGAGGGGUGUUUGGUCGGAAAGAGAACCUUCACACACACACGACCAUCCAUGGCGCACGUUUGAACAUAACUGUGGUGGACAAUUGAUCAGACCCCAUUUUAACUCUGUGAAACACGGCAGUAUAGAUAAAAUCGCUCUUAGCGACUACAUCACACGAAGAGCACGACGCUGGAAGGAAUGUGAAGUGUCCCAGCUAUCUCUCAUGUGGCAGAUGUACAGCUCUCUUAUUCUGAGAAAGGGAAUGCAGUAUGGAGGGUCCAACAGAAAUGUAAAUAAUUGCAUUAAGAAGUGAAAAAAGUUCCUCCUGCCCUCGCAGUGCUGGGAACAGUUUAAGAAACCAGCACACUACAGUCUAUGGCCUUCAUCAGGGUAGAUUGUUUCAUCACAGAAAUUUAUUAUUGCAUAGAAUAGCUAAUUUCCUAUUGAACAGGCUUUACCUUUGACCUCCCGCUGCAGUUGCUCGUGAUUUUGCACAUUUUCUGCAUUAUUAUGCGAAACUGACCCGCUUCUGUGCUACUUAAAAUGUUUUUAUUCAUCACACAGAUGUACAAUAGGACCAUGGAGGCUUAAAGAAAUACAGCCGGAAAUCCUUCCACUGGGACAACUGACUCAUUGGAAAGAUUUUACUUUUACUUUUUUUGUGUACUUCACUUUUUUGUGCAGGAGCGUGAACACGAGUCAUCUGCGUAGCGUGGAAGAGCGGCGGCCUGCAGCGGUGAGCCUCAGUUGCAGUUCUGUGGUUUAUAUUAGCUUAACUUGCCAUCUGGGAUUUUUGAUGUACUCAAGGGAACAGCCUUGCCCGGCUGGGGAUCGAAGUGACAUUCUCAAGUUUGCUGCGCGUUUUCAUUUUUGACAAAUUUGGGUUGUUUCGUCUUGUUACAAGCGGUAAGAAAAUGCCCUGAAGGGGCAGUAUGAAGACGUAACAUUCAAUCGAUGAAACCGGUUUUGUCACUCUUACGUUGUGAAAUUUACAUACUGUAAUAAAAUUGUUA